AGCUGCAGCAGGAGCUUGCUGAUGCUCUUAAAAAGCAAUCUAUGUCAGAAGCUUCACUUGAAGUUACUACACGCUAUCGCAGUGACCUGGAGGAAGACAAGCUGCGCUUGCAAAAGGAAUUGGAAAAGGUUAAAACCAAGCUGCGGGCAGAGGAAGAAAAGCAUCUUCAGUCUGAGCAUUGUGUUCGUGACUUGAAGACUGCCUUGGAUGAAAAGGAAAGAGAAGCAAUAACUUCUGCCCAGAAACUGCAGGACCUCCUCUUGGCAUCUUCCGAGACUGAUACGACUAUAAAACAACUGGAAGAACAUGUGCAACACCUUGAAAUUGAAAACACCAGAUUGGAAGCCACUGUCCAGCAACAAAGUAAUAGGAUUGAAGUCCUUCAGAGAGACCUACAAUCCUCUGCCUCAAUCGAUGAACUUUCCCAGCAACUGGACAUGAAAUCUAAAAAAUGCAUGCAGCUGGAAGCCAAAAAUCAGGACUUGCAAGAAGAGCUGUCCACUCUGCGUGGAAAGUGUGAAAACCUGGAGAAGAACAAAUGCCAGCUGAAAGAGGAGGUGGCAAAACUCCAGCAUCAUUCAGACACUAACAUGGUGGAUCGUAGCCAAAUAGAACAGUAUAAGAGGGAGGUGGAAGAACGAGCUGGACAAGAAAUAAGACAAAAGCUACAAGAAGUCAAUCUGUUUUUGCAAGCACAGGCAGCCUCCCAAGACAGAUUAGAACAAAUCAGAGCCAGUCAUCAUGCUUCACUGAGAAACCAGCUAAAAGACAGAAUUAGAGAUCUUGAAUGUGAACUGGACAGGAUAAAAAAUACCCAGCAAGACAGUACUUUUCAAAAAGAAUCCGUGCAGGCAGAGGUGGAAAAGUACAAAGAGCUCUAUCUGGAGGAAGUGAAAACCAGAAAAAGCCUGGCAAAGAAACUGGAAAGGUAAGUCCAUGCUUUUUUGGAGUGGUAAUAACAGACUGCUUUUUCCUCGUGCAUUUUCCUUCUACAAUCCCUUUUCUACAUCUGGCCAGCAUGAUAGGUCAAAGCAUAACAG